AUGUGGGGUGGGGAUCGUGCUAGGAAAUUUAGAAAUCGCAUAAAGAAAUUGCGACAGCGACUGGCAGUGUUGGAGGAAGACAGAACAACGCAGGCAGUUCAAGAAUUCCUAGAGGAGGAACUCGAGCUUGAGAUCUUGUUGAAGCGGGAUGAAUUGUUUUGGCUUCAGCGUUCAAAACAACUCUGGUUAAAAUAUGGGGAUUCUAACACGAAAUUUCUCCAUAAGGCGGCCUCUGCACGCAGAAAUCGAAACCUACUUCUACGAGUCAAGGAUCAGAAUGGGGUGUGGAUGGAAGGGGUGGCAAUGCAUGCUGAAGUGUUGAGGUACUAUAAUCUUAUUUUUUGUUCCGGGGGUUGUGUUUCGAAUUUGUUUUCCCGGAUGAGUCAGAGUGUAUCUGAUAAGAUGAGCGCUGCCCUGUUGCAGCCGUUCACAAUCACGGAUGUGAAGUCUGCUUUGUUCUCUAUGGCCCCGGAGAAAGCUCCGGGUCCGGACAGCAUGUCACCAGCUUUCUAUCAGCAUUUCUGGCCGGUCCUCGGCCAUGAUCUGUCAAUGUUUGUCAUAAGCUGUAUUGACACCUGCAGUUUCCCGCAGGGCCUGAACGUGUCUAAUAUUGUUUUACUGCCCAAGAAAAAGUCCCGGAAUCGGUGGCUGAUUUGCGACCGAUCGCCCUCUAGCGCUUUUGUCCCCGAGAAAUUGCUCACCGAUAAUAUUAUUGUUGCUGGGGAGGCAGAGGCUAGGGGCGACUUACAUGGGGUGAAAGUGGCCCGUGGUGUACCAUCCAUCACCCAUCUUUUUUUCGCUGACGACAGCUUGAUGUUUUUCAGGGCAACACAUCAGGAAGCUUCUAAAAUCAAAGAGUGCUUAGACAAGUACUGUAUGGCAUCGGGUCAGUUAAUCAAUUUCUCCAAGUCUAGCGCUGUUUUCAACGCCAAUACUACUGCUGCGAUAAAGAGUAUGGUUUCAGAGUGCUUUGGGGUACGGGAGGCUCAAAAUCUGGGGCGUUACUUAGGCCUGCCCACGGUCCUCGGGAGAAGUAAGGUCGCUACUUUUCGAUACAUUGAGGAAAGAAUUCGUGACCGAAUUGGGUCAUGGCAACACAGAUUGUUAUCAAGGGCAGGUAAAGAGGGCUGGCGGUUGUUGAUUCAUCCGGAGUUGCUGGUGAGAAGGCUUUUGAAAGCCAAAUAUUUUCCCAAUUGUGAUUUCAUGGAAGCACGACUGGGUGGAAACCCAAGUUACUUUUGGCGCAGUAUUUUGGCGGGACAGGAUGUUUUAAAACAGGGGUUAGCGCGGAGAAUAGGCGAUGGUCUUGACACUAAAAUUUGGGGUUGGGGUUGGCUGUCUAAUUCCUUGAACGCAACAUUAAUUACGCCAUGCAUUGAAGACAUUAAGGAGGCAGGAGUGAGCGAGCUGAUGACCGAGCACGAUGAGUGGGAUGAAGGCGUGAUACGGGAUCUGUUUUGGGAGGAAGACGUACGCAAAAUCUUAUCAACGCCAAUCAACAAGUCUAUGAAGGACUCGUAG